AGCAACAGCAGCUAUAUCUAUAAAGUCCCCCUCCAUUUUUAGUCCUCCUACAUUAACCCCGCCAAGAGGAAUACGAACAAGGAUCAAAGAAAAGAGAGGAGAAAUCAAGGCCCUUUUCGAUCAUCUUCAUCGCCGCUCAAAAGUAAGAUUAAGAGGAGCUUAAUCACAUAUCAAUCGUUUGCAAGAAGGAUUAGGCAGGAGGAGUAAUUAGAGAGAGAAGGGAGGGAGGAGGCAAUUGGCGUUUGGGAGAGAGAGAUGAAGUCGCCGUUGCUGAGGCUGAAGGGCUUCGGGCAACACCAGCAGCACAGGGAGAGGAAGGCGCGGCAGCAGCCGCCGCCGGCCAAGCUCGACGAGCUCGCCGACGCCGCCCAGGAUGUGGAGGAAAUGAAGAACUGUUAUGAUGGCUUCAUUUCAGCAGCAGCCGCUACAAUGAAUGGAGUAUAUGAGUUUGCUGAGGCUUUGGAGGAACUGGGGAGUUGCUUACUUGCAAAAACUGCACUAAAUGAUGAUGAUGAUGAUAGUGGCAGAGUGCUGAUGAUGCUCGGGAAGGCCCAAUAUGAACUAGAAAAAUCUGCUGAUAGAUAUCGAACAAAUAUCAUCCACACAAUCACCACCCCAUCAGAAUCUCUUCUCAAGGAGCUGCAAACUUUAGAGGAAAUGAAACAACAAUGCGACAUGAAAAGGGAGGCAUAUGAAACCAUGAGGGCAUCCUAUAGUGGUAAAGGAGGAUCAAGGCAUUCCAAAAACGAAUCAUUAUCCGCAGAACAACUGGAAGCUUCUUUUGUUGAGUACCAAGAGGAUUCAGCCCUGUUCACAUUUCGCUUGAAAUCAUUGAAGCAAGGGCAAUUCCAGAGUCUGUUAACACAGGCUGCUCGCCAUCAUGCUGCUCAGUUAAGUUUUUUCAGGAACGGACUGAAAUGUCUGGAAGCACUUGAACCCCGUGUCAAAGAAAUAGCUGAGAAAUAUCACAUUGACUGUCACUUCAGUGGUCUCGAGGAUGAUGUUUCUGACAAUGAUGGCCACAGCACUUAUGAUUCUUGUAGUGAUGAUGGAGAGCUGAGUUUCGACUAUGAAAUAAACGAUAGAGACCAAGAAUUUCUUACUUCAAGAGGUUCAAUGGAUUUGGAUAAAAAUGAUCUGACUACAUCCCCAAAGCCAGUCAAAGAAAACAAGCAGGAACAGGCGAAACAAGCAGAGGCAGAAAUAGUAUUCCCACAAUUGAAGCCCGAGUUUGCUACACAUUCAGCUCCAAUUUUUGCUGGCAAUUUGCAUGACCAAACUGACAGGCUUCGGCAAAUGAGGCCAUCCUCAACCAGACACUCGUACAAGCUCCCUACUCCAGUUGGCGAUAACAACUCCAAACCAUCAGGUUCCCACAGACCACAUCACUCUGCGCAAUUCUUUGAAACAAAGCCCUGUGCCAAGACGAAUUUGUGGCACUCAUCUCCUCUGAUGAAAGACUAUAACAGCACUAUGCACACUACCACUACCAAACCAUCGUCAAGCACUGAUGAUUUGAGGAAGUUGAAGAGGGAGUCCUGGUCUGGUCCAAUUCCAAUCAAGGCAGGGUCAGGCAAGCCCUUCUUUCAGGCUGAUCACAGGCCAUCAUCCACCAUGGCUUACCCUGGUGCAAUGCCAGCCAAGCCACACAUUCGGCAUGCAUCAUCAUCAUCAGUGUCACCAAAGGUUUCCCAAAAGAUGUCACCGCUCCCAACAACGUCACUGAAGAUCAGUGAGCUCCAUCUAUUGCCUUUGCCUCCAGCCAAUGUGGAUCCCGUCCGUCCUACUGGUCUGGUUGGCUACUCUGGCCCUCUGGUGUCGAAGCGUCAAGCUCCUCCAGCACCGCCGGCACAUUUAUCCCCAACAGCAUCCCAGACGGCGGCACCGCUCCCAAGGCCACCUGCAGCCUUGGCAAGGAGCUACUCCAUACCCUCCAACAGCCAGAGGACGCCCAUCAUCACUGUCAACAAGCUCUUGGAGGCUAGGCAUAGCAGGGAGGGCAGUGAUGCUUCUUCCCCACCACUGACUCCAUUAUCAUUGUCUGAUUUGUGCCACCAGCCACCAGCAAAGGCAACUGCAGACAGCACAAGGAGAAAGGAAACCUUGUGAUGACACACCGUCAAAUUCUUGGACAAUUUUGUUUGUAGCUUGUGUAAGUUGGUAGUGUGCCGUAGGUUUUUUAGUUUCUGUGUUCAUAAUAUUCUUUGGUUUUGCCAUCUGCCUUGUAAAUGAAAAGAAAUAAAGGCAGAAAGCAAUGUAACACAAUUCUUUAACGCACAAUUUUUCUUCUCACUUGGUUUAGCUAUCUACACUAGUUCUUGGAUCAGACAGACAUAUAGGUCAUAACCUUCUAUAAGGGCAUGAAUGGUAGUUUGGACGAUUGGCAUUGAUGUAAUCUUUCAACAUGGGAUUAUGUAUAUAUAACUCUUUCAAUGGGUCGUUUAGUUAUCUGCAAUAGAUGUAUAUAUAGCUCUAACAAGA